AUGGAAAUGUCCAGACGAAACACCUCUGUCGGUGCGCAGCCCGACUCAUAUCAGCUGCGCUGGCACAGCGUUGCCAACCCAGGCACCCCGCGCGGCGACCUCAUGUCGUCGCCGGAUCCCCUCAAUGAUGGUGCCUCCCCAGACCAAGCCCCCUCCUCCAACACGCGGCGCGUCACCCGCAGCCAGCGCGCGCAAAAGUUCCUGUCGCUCGGCGCCUCGCCUAGAAAGCAGGCGUACGAGCUCAGCAAGGGCACUAGCGGCGGCGGCAGCAGGAGGUCGACACGGGGCGGCCUAGUGGUCAGCGUGGAAGAGACGGACGAGGACGGCACGGCAGACGAGGCCACGCGCCAGUCACUCUUCCCGACGCCGAGGUCGGGCGCUUCUCGCGAACGCGCCACGACGACGACAACGACGGUGCCGCUCAAGUAUUCGAUCGAGGACGAGUCUAGUGAUGUAUUGGGCUCGACGAAUGCUACGCCGCAACCGCGGAAGACCCGGAUCCGCGCGUCCAAUGGAACGCCGGCUCCGAAACUCGCGAGGGGGAAGAGGCGACGAGAGCCUUCUCCGGCGCCGCAAACAACACCCCGCCAGCCAGACACGAGACCAGACAGUUCAGAGUCUGACUCGAUGGCGGACGACCUCACCCAGAGGUCACCCACGCCGAAACGCCGCGCACUCUCGCCCAGAAACCGGGCUGCUCAGCCGUCCAGCGAGCUGGGCACAGGUCCAGCACGCAGAGGCAGCCCGGCGAAGCGAAGCGUGCGUAGACGGCGACAGCCCGUGGUGCCGGGUCGUUUUGCUGGACGCACUGAUGCUGCCGACCAUGCGGCGGCAAAUACUCAGGUGCCUCUAAGCGAAGACGACUUGCAACGGGAUAUUACGACUACGGCAACAACAGAUGGAGAGCGUGGCAUGCCGGCACCGCCGGCGCAAGCGGAGCCAGAGUCGGAUCUCUGGCUGGCAGCAGUUUCACGCGAAACAACUCCGAGAGCUUCUGUACAGCCAGUCGAGACAUUAAAAGCGCGAAUUGAAGAGCGCGAAGAAGAGCGCGAGGAAAAGCUCCAGGGUGAGCGCCAGGAAGAGCGCCAGGAAGAGCGCCAGAGUGAGCUCCAGGAAGAGCUCCAGGAAGAGCGAGAGGCGUCAGUGCCAGAAGACGACUAUGGCUUUCUUGCGCCAGCCGCCAGUGAUGUCUCAUCUGUUGAUGAUGAGCCACUGGCAGGGCCUACGAUGACUAUGAGAAAUGACACCAUCGCACAGGGCGAGGACUUCAGCAUGAUCCUCAUGAAUUCGAUCCCUUCACUCCAAGCAAGCACACAGGGCGUUGCUCCCCUUCCAUCUCAGUAUAGCGACAUUGGUGAUGACACAAACCUCAUCAUCAACAACACGCUAGAGUAUCUUCGCCAGGGCGAAGUUGCUGACCGAGAAGACGAAGGCGAGGACGAUGCAGAUGAUGACGCAGAUACUUUGAGUGGCCGUGAUUCUGGAAACGAACCGGCACGAGAUGAAUCUGCUACACCGCAGCUAGCAGUUGCCGACUUGCAAUCUGGAUCUGAACUUGAAGCUCAGCCAGAAGUGUCGCAACCUGUGGCUGUGAAUUUCGAUAAGCCUGAUGAACCAGUUUCACUGGCCAGCCGCGAGUCUGAAAACGAACCGGCUGAAGAGGAGGCUGCUGCGCCCGAGCCGCUGGUUGCCAACGUGGCAUCUGAAUCUGAUCUUGAAGGUCAGUCAGAUACGUUGCGACCGCAGGUUGUAGAGGCUGCAGUCGAGCAUGAAUCGGAACCUGCACCUGGCGCUCCUGCACACGAUAGACAUUUGCUGGAGACGAUUGUGGAAGAGGAAUACUCUCACCUUGAACGACAAGUUGAGAAAGAGGUCAGCGCUGAGAUCGAAGCAGCUGCCACGCAAAUAGUGGCAGUAGAACCGGAGCCGGAGCCCGAAGUGACGUCGUUCAGACAGCCGUCCGUCCGCCCGUCUCCAUCCAUGUCUCGCAACACGCGAUUGAUGCCGUCUCCCCGAAAGGCGGCGAACUCGUCACCGCUCCGCUACCGUGUUGCCAAGCGGUAUGUCGGGGAAGGCUCGAGGUCUCCACGCAAGAGUCCACGUGCAGCAGACUCUCCUGAGCGAACAGUGAGACCUGCGUCAUCAGAUAGCGCCGAAGCGCAAGAAACCAUGGAGGAUUCCAUGAUGUACGAAGAUUCCUUUUCGGAGAUUCCUGAGGAGGUUCUAGCAAGGAUGGCGCCGAGGAAUGGGCGAGAAAUGAGUUGGGAAGAGCUCAAUGAUGAGCAAAUGGACGAGAUCAUGGAUGAGCUUGUAGCCAGUCAAGAGCAGAACGCGGCCGUGGCAGAGAUUGCUGAAGAUGCCGAACUGGCACACGAGCCGGAGCAAACAAACUUUGAGCACGAGCAAGAGGCAGGGCAAGCGGCACAGACAGACUCUGAAGUGCCUGAUGCGGACACUGGCGAGGAACAGCAAGCAGAGCGCGGAGAUGACGCAGUGAUGUCGGACGAAGGCGAAGAGAACAGCAAUGGCGAGCAAGCUGCAGAGGCGGUUGUAGAAGAGGUAGCCGAAGAGCUUCCCUUCCCCUCCACUGCCAGCGAAGCGCAGCCUGAAGCAACUCGACUGCCAACACCCGACAGCUCUCCGCAGAAUGCUCCUAUUCAGGAGACCCCCGUCUCUGCGCAUCAGCAGCCUCGAACGCACUCGUUCAUUGGCUCUCCGGUCGAAGCGAGCCACUUGGCUGGGCCAUCGUCGACGCCAUGGUCCCAGCGGUAUUGGGCGGCUCAACAGGCAGGGUCUGCUGCUCAGGUCAGCGGCUCGUCGCUGGAAGAAACGCCCCGCCAACAGAUUCCAUCCCCGACUCAGCAGCCACAGUCUGUGGCCCAAGAGUCUGCGCCGGCUGGACAUGUUCGCCCGGCGCUCUCCCCCAUUGUCAGAAUUGGUCGUGCUCUGCAGAGUGUCACGUCGGACCCGCCAUCCCCGGAAGCUCGGGAGCGUCAGCUAGGCAGUCCGUUUAGAAUCUCCGGCAGCAAGGAGCCUCGCUCUGGCUCAAAGGAGCACGAGGCAAGCGGCCGGCCCAGCAAAAGCCCGAGCGCGCGUGCCAGCAAGAGCCCGGCAUUGCGGGCGCUGACUUUUGAGAGCAUCGGUGAGUCGUCUCGCUCAAAUGAGCACCCUUCGUCGCCCCGGGAGUCAACCAAGAGCGUCAAGCCCUCAGACAUGGCUUCGAAAGCGCCGCAGCUGAGCCCGCGCCGAGAGCCCUCUCUUGCCAUGCACUCUCCGACUACUGGGAGCAUGUUUGCGAGGGGCAUCAAGAAGCCGAGUGCCCCGCAACCAACUGAGGCUUUACCUUUGGUUUCCGCUUCAGCCUCGCCACCACCAGAGUCUCUCCCCAGCAGAAGGGGCCUUGACCUGGCAGUGACCUCCGUGAAUUCGAUGCCGCCAGUUGUGCCGUCGCAGAGACAGUCCCCUCCCCGGGAGCGGACUCCCAGUGUCGAACCUUUGUUUCCAGCGAGCCUAUAUUUAGAUUUGGCGCGGCAUGUUGAGGAAUCGACAGUCGACCACGUCUCUGUCACGAACCCGGUGCCAGAGGCCCCCCCUCGCGGAAGGAGCCUGAAACUUGCAGUGGACUACGUGGAUUCGCUACAGCGAGCUGUGGCGCAGCAGCGACAGUCGCCUCCCCGAGAGCAAACUCACAGUGUCGAACUUUUGCCUUCAGCGAGCCCGUCUUUAGAUGCGGCGCCGCAGGCCGAAGAAUCGAUAGUGGACCGUGUCUCUGGGACCAACUCGCUGCCAGAUUCCCCCCCUCGCAGGAGCACCAAGAGCCUUGACAUUGCAGUGGCCACGGUAGAGUCGCUACCGCAGCGACAGUCGCCUCCCCGAGAGCGAAUUCAUAGUGUCGAACCUUUGCCUUUAGCGAGCCCGUCUCUAGAUGCGGCUCCGCAGGUCGAAGAAUUGACAGUUGACCGCGCCUCUGGGACGAACUCGCUGCCGCCGUCACCGUCUAGUGACGUCAAUCUGAGCUGGAUCAUCAACGAAGGCUCGAUUAGCCCGGACUUGCGCGGCGACAACACGCUCCAAGAUGUUGUGAGGAAUGCAAUGUCUUCGCGGCCCGCGGCGACCAACUCUACCGCACGUUCCUUUAUGCUGCCUGCGUCUGUGUCUAGUGAGCCAGCGCUAGAGCAAGCACAACUGGAAUCGGAAGGAGAAUGGCAGCUGCCAGCUAGGCCCGACGAGGAAGUCAUGUCUGAGCCGGAGUUACCGCCGCUCCCGCCACCUAGAGCCAACGACACGGACAUGUGGGAGGCGGAAGCGCAAAGGGAAUCACCGAAACGGCGAAAGCAUUCGUCUUCUGGUGGAAGAGCGCGGAAGAGGAACAGGGUUGCCAAGGAGACCUUCCCACCGCUCAGAGAGGCGUCAACAUCGUGGAUGCGAAAUGGCGAGGCACCGACUGCUAACACGCCACAGGAGGGGCUUGCACAGUCUGCGACUAACCAGCCUGGCUCACCACGGCGCCGGGAUGGGUCUUCGCGUCGCGAUACGGCGUCGCGCCGAGUUCGGCGUGCGCGCGAGCUGGGUUAUGUGCGCUCAGAAGCGCAAUGGAGGAAGCCCGUGCGCCGAGAAGAGCCCGCGCGCCGGGAAGAGCCCCGGCGCCAGGAGGAGCCCUCGCGUCUAGAGGAGCCCUCGCGCCUAGAGGAAGACGCAGAGGAGUACUCACUCCUCGGCCGAAAGCGGGCAGCGGAAGAGGCACAGAACCUCACCGAGUCUGCUGCAAAGGCUAGCAGAUUUGAUCUGUCGACUUUCUUCUCCUCACCGAUUGCCAUUCCGGGCAUGCUGAGGGACAGAUUCUUCCCAGGGAAGACCAAACGCGCCGAGGCAGCUCCCGUUCCUACUCCUGCUCUUAUUCCCGCCCCUGCGCCUCCAGUGGUGCCAGCAGGCCGCCUGUUUCCCCAGGCGCCGGCGACACAGAAAGCCCCCGUCUCCGACAGUAGUUUGAACUUGGGCGAGCAGGAGCCGACGCCGGCGACGCAGCGCUCAGAAUCUUCGGUGACGUCUACGCGCACUCCUUCAACUUGGUGGGAACAGACACUUGGUCGGGGCUCGUUUGGCAAGAGCUCUCGUGCAAGCAUACUUGCUCGGGACUCUCGCUCAAAACCGCUUUCUCAGAGCUCUGGUCCGAAUAUUAUUGGCCGGAACCUUCGCCCGACUUUGAGCGGGCAAGGCCGUCCAAAUAUGUUCGGCAAGAUUGGAAAAGCGACCCCGAACACGUCGGUUGCGCAGCCCGUGCUUCCUUCAACAAGCACGCCGCGGCCUUGGUCCUUGCGCCGUUUCGCAACCCCGUUUGGAGAGGCAAUGAAGUCUCGAAGUGCGGGAGAAGCGAAGACGCAGACGAAUCCACCUAUUCCGCAGAGCAGGAUUUCGGAUGUGCGUCAUGUUCCAGCAGUGAUGCCACCAAAGUCGAAUCCAGCGCCAUGGUCGCAAGGGGCGAGCCAGGCGGCUGCAGGGCCCUCCUCGGCGGCAAAGGGGUCUUCGGUGUCAUCGGGGCUUUUUACAGAACCGCGGGGCCCCAGAUCGGGCAUGUCAGAUGAGGACAUUGUCAAAUGGCAGCGGUAUCCUCGAUGGGGCUGCAACAGCGUGGACAGCAACGACAGUGACGAUGUCAUCAUGCCGUUCAUGAAACCACUGCCGCCAAAGGAUGCGCAGCCGACAAAGUCAAACCUGCGCAAUCCGCUGAAGCCGCACACGCCAGGCCGGGUGGUGGAAUUCACGAGCAGUGUGAUGUCGCCGCACGAGCAGGAACUGGCGCGCUACAAGCGCCGCGUGGUACAGGGAAUGCUGCCCGAGCUGUUGUUUGACGACUGCUCCAAGGAUCGCCAGCCGCCAUUACUGACCGGGCAAGUGAACGAGGGCAGCGGCAACGACCAGAGAAGCCAGGGCUCGUCAGAUGUCUCCAUGACGGACGCGCCGCCGCUGGAGGAGAGUGAGCCAGGGGCAGCAUUCUCGCAGAUGGUCUUGUCGCAGACGGCUUGGUCGGACCAGCACUGGCUACUUUUGCAGGCGAUUGUCCGAGCCCGUCGCAAGGGUCAGUUCCCCGAUCUGGGAAAAAGCCGCGCGGACAAGUACAUUGGCAUGUUUGUCAACAGCAAAGGCGAGUCUAUGAAACUCGAGCGUUGGCACGUGGACUGCGUGGAUGCCUUUUCGGUAUACGUUGGCGGCUGGGACGAGGAGGAGCUGGUAAAACGCCUCGCUUCGGUUAUCUUGGGAGAAGAUAGGCGAAAGCGAAUAGCGUCGAGGGAGGGAAAGAGACAUCAAUUUGAGGAUUGA